UAAUUUUUUGAUAUGUCUUUAACGAGUUUAUCUAACAUAGAUAAAAAAAAACAAUCCAAAGAUUGUUUAAUUCCAUCCGAGUUAUUGGAAUUCCAUGAAUGUAGCAAGGAAGAAGAAAAUGGGUUCGUUUCAUCCUCCUGCCCUCUUUCCCUAGCAACAAGUCUUCCUAAAUUUAGUAGUGUCGAUAAAAAAACAAAUCAUUCUUGUUUUUGUGAUUCCAGAAUUUUUUUAAAAGAUCAGAAUGAUUUUUUGUCGGGUUCUGAACCAAAAAAUUUAAUGGUGCCCGAUACUAAAAAUCAUGACGUCUCCUCAUCUUCAAAAGCUUUGCAAACGUUACAGUUGAAUUCUUUAUUGGAUACAAAAUCUAAAAAAGUACCAGUAGCAUCAUCUGAACCCUGUUUUUCUACGAAUUCGGAUUUCACUCUAAACCACGAUUUGAAGGUUCAAGACUAUUUUCUACAGACGGCUACUAAAUUGCCAACAUUUGAUCGAUGGAGACUGUACUGUUUUCGUUUCGCUUUUGUUUUGGAACCAAAUAUACCUGAAAAAGGAAUUCGCUACAAUUUUGCCUUAAGAGAAUUAUGUAGACAAGAAGGUCUAUGCACUGGGGACAACGGAUUGCCAGAUUUCUUAGAGGAAAACAACAAUGAUGAUCCUCCUUUACUCAUACUGUUUCGCUUUACGAACGAAGUCGUUCAAACAACUCAUUAUAAUAAGACGUUUUUAGAUCGUGUUGGAUGCUUGGAGUGUGUGUAUUUUAUUGAUGCGUUUUUGGGGUGUCUUUCUAUUCACAAUACUCGAUUUCUUGUUGUAGUCUGUGAUAGUGAAGUUGUUUCUGGCUUUAACAGGAACUCUUUUCGAAUUGAACAUGAUGCACCAGAAACUUUAGAAACGUCCAAUGAAGAUAUGCUGAUUUAUAGAAUACGCCAAUCAUGCCUUAUUCCCUUUAAUAUACCUUUUACUGCUCAUUUCGGAACUGUGGAAAAUAAAAGAUUGCCUUCCUCAAGUAAUAAAAUUUCAACAUGUGAUCAACGGGAGUAUUUACAAAACAUAAGAAAUUGUGGUUUCAAUUCAAGAGGUAUUGAUGUUGAGACGUGCAACAAUAAAUUGAUGGAUAAGGAAACAAAACUGUGUUCCGAUAAUUUAUCAGAUGAAUCGAUUGACGGUAUUUUUGCUAAAAAAAAAACAUUAGAAACAACACACAAUAACAAUGUUUUGAAAAAAUCAUUAACGGAUCAUAAUUUGUUAGAAUUUACCAUACCCGCACAUCAACGUGUUCCAAUAAUGCGAUUGCAAUCUGGAGAUUCAAACGUUUAUACUAAUUUAGUUUAUAACCAUCUAGGGGACAAAAUUGGUAACCAUAAACAGAAUGUUGAAAAUUUACUUGCGACAUCUUUUUACUACUCUUAUGAUACGGAUAUAACCAAUACUCUUCAAAGAAAACGUCAAUUACAAAUACCAUUUUAUUCUCAAAAAUGGCCCUGCAGCUACGAUCCUUAUAAAACAACCAAUCAACGUCAUCAAAAUAUUAAAAAUCAAUUUUCUCCAUCGACCUAUAUUGAAAAAACUUGUGAAAAAAUUCCAUCGAUGGUUGACAUUUCGAAAAAUGAUUCUGUUAAUGUUUGCUUAUUUGACGUGGCUGAUCAACGAUUUGUGUGGAACUGGGAAUUAGUCAAACCUUUUUUAAACUGUUCUAUUGAUUUUCGUUGGACUGUUCCAAUAAUCCAAGGAUCUGUAACGAGUGGUUCAAUACAAUCCUCUUCGAAUGGAAUUGAUUUAGUCUUAAUUUGUCGACGGAAUCGGGCACGAUCCGGUACUCGUUUCAAUCAUCGUGGUAUUGAUGAUUAUGGGGAGGUAGCUAAUUUCAAUGAAUCAGAACAGCUUAUAGCUGUUUGUAACGUGGAUUCAAAAAGUAGAAAAGUUCAGUGUCGCGGAGUUGGAGUACCCAAUAGUGGUUGGAGUUCGUAUGUCCAAAUACGAGGGUCUGUUCCUUUAUUUUGGGAACAAUCUUCAGGAUUAAGCUUAAAUGUUAAUAUUAAUUUGACACGACAAAUCGAUUUUGCUACUCAAGCUUUUGUAGAACAUCAGCGACAAUUAUCCUUCUACUAUGGACAUGUUUUAUAUGUGGAUCUUCUAAGUGCUUCAAAAGGAGGAGAAAAUAAAUUGUCUUCUUCAUUGAGAAAUCUUAUAAAUUAUUAUAAUAAUAACUGUACCUUGCUUAAGUCUCAAAAUACAGACUCUAAAGGUUUGUUUGGUGAUAAAAAUAAACCUGCGUAUCAUAUUCGUUGGGAUUGCCACCAGCAAAUAAAACUUUAUGGGUUUGAAGAAGCGUUAACUCGAUUUGUUAAUUUUCUUCGACCUCAGUUAAAAAAAAUAAAGUAUUAUUCCGAAAAAUCAUCAACUUCUGACGCUUCAAACAUUCAGUAUCAAGAGGGUUGUUUGCGAACCAAUUGUUUAGAUUGUUUAGACCGAACAAAUGCUUUCCAAUGGUUUAUCUGUUGGGAUUGGAUUCAUCAGUAUUUAGUAGAAAGAAAUCUUGGACACUUUUUACAGCCAGCAAUAUUGGGAACACAAUUUGAUUGUGUUCAAAAAGAAAAUAACGAUAGCUUGUCCACGAGAAACCCAUGGCCUUUGGAAUCCAUCUUGCACCAAUCAAAAGAUGGGCAACAAAAUCUGAAUACAUCGUUCGUCCAUGUUUCAUAUCGUGGAUCGGAUAGUGGUUCUUUUUCUGCAGUCUAUCGUUUGCUCAAUUAUCCUUUCCCUUUGAAUGAGUCUAAUGUGAAAGAAGCUUUAGCGGACCAUAAUUUUGGGUCUACAAUAAAAGAAACCGAUCUUCAAAAAUCAUUUUGUAAAAAUAUAGCUAAAGAAAUGGUCGCUCGAAUGUGGGCGGAUCAAGGUGACCGUGUAAGCCGAGUUUAUACGGGAACAGAUUCCGUCAUGUCGGGUGUUAUUCGUCAAGGAAAAUCAUCCUUAGCGACAAAUAUGAUUCAUAUGUUUACUUCUUUAGGACGAUUCUAUCAAAACAAUUUUGAAGAUGAUUCGCGUCAAGAUGCUAUUGAAAUUUUGUUACGGGAGCAAAACAGUUUUUUUAACGCUCGUGUAUGUAAACCAAAAAACGAGAACAAUUUUGCGACGAAUGGCAACUUUACAAAAAAAGUUUCUUUUUUGGAGAAACUUCCCUUAACAGUAGAAAACCACGCAUCUAAACAAAGUGACGGUUUUAGCAAAACUAGUUUAAACGCCAAUCAACAGUUGGUCAAAACGGCGGUGCUUUUCCCAUCAAACAUACAUGAAAAGAUGGCUACAACAAUUCCUUUAAGAAUCUGGUAUGGAACAUGGAAUAUGGGAGGAACGUUUGUGCCUCAAACAAUGGAACAUUGGCUUUUUUAUCAUUUAAAUGCUUCUGGACUCACGCAGGGAUCCAGAUUAGCCGACAUUUACGUUAUAGCAGUACAGGAGCUCGUGGAACUUAGCAAGGUGCGUGUUUUGCUCUCACAAGGAGAUUUAAAAAGAGAGGAGUUGCUAGAAGAAACAGUUAAAGCGUCACUAGGACCUCAGUUUAUAAUGUUAAACUCACAAAGCCUUGUAGGGUUAUAUUUAGCAGUUUUUGUUCGUUCGACUUUACGAGAUUAUGUCACGCAUGUGUAUACGUCGGAAUUAAAAUUAGGAUUUAAAGGUCAAAUGGGAAAUAAAGGAGCAAUAUUUCUUCGAUUGGAAAUAGGCGACAUAUCAUUUUGUUUUGUGAAUGUACAUCUUUCAUCGGGGCAAGAAAAGGCUCGUCAGCGACGAGAACAAUUGCAAAUCAUACUGGAGUCAAAUUUUCAGAGUCGCUUACCCUAUUCCAUUAAAGACCAUGAUUAUAUAUUGAUGGGUGGGGACUUCAACUUCCGAUGUAGCGGAAGCUAUCAUGAAACAAUAAAACUUGUCAAACAAAACAAUUGGAAAGAACUUUUAUUUUAUGACCAGUUAGUUGUAGGAAAACGUUUACGUCUUGCUCCGUUCGCUUUGGUUACUGAAAGUCUAAUUAAUUUUCCACCUACCUAUAAAUUUAAAAAAGAAGCAAAUCAAUUCGAUGAAUCUCGGUCUCCAGGCUGGUGCGAUCGCAUUUUAUACUUUGGAAACUUAAUUCCACAAAAAUUGUUACAAAAAAAUACCAGCGACUUUGUCUUUAAAUGCGUCGAUUACAGCAAUGUUCCAAAUAUUUUAACCUCAGAUCAUAAACCCGUUUAUGGAGUUUUUGAAAUCGGCCUUGUUUUGCCUGAACCAUCGCUUUCGAAAAAAAUUGCACUUUAACGCUAACACUAUUAAACAAAGUUUACGGUGUAUCAGUAGCUAUUUCCAAAAAUCACACGUUUUUGCUAUCUUUAGGUUGCAGUGUAUCUUAGCGCGCUAAUACUUGAUAUCUCACCACUCUAUUUUGACAUUAAAAAAAAAAACUGGGUUGAAAUAAACGUUAUUUUCAUUCGACAAGGGUCGAUUGUAUAAUAGCACUGCGGCUUGUAUUCUUUUGCGUUUUUUUUAAGCUAAAUUCAUUACACGUAUAUGGCAUGGUGUAUGUAAACAUUGCUACAAACUUUUUUGUCUAAUGAUUUUUUAUUGAUUUAAA